GUCACUGGGCAGGAGGGUUGGAUGAGGCGUGGGGGGAAGCAGACCAAGUGGAUGGGACUUGCCCGUGCCUCUGCUGUCCCCCACUGCCCCUAACGAAGGACAGGACAGGACACCCUUCGGGGCACAAUGGCUCCAGUUCCACUCCUGCCUCCCAAAUUUUAUGCAAAUUUCUCUCGUGGCCAUUCCUCAUCUGGCAUCAUACAGGGAAAGGAGUUCCUGGAAAUGUGGGUCCAGCUCAGUCACGUGGAGUACAAAGCUACCCCAGUACCAUUCAGAGCUAUCUACAAGAAUAGUCAUGGAUGCGGGACACCUGGGUGGCUCAAUCGGUCCGAGUUUCUGCGGCUCCUCAUGAUCUCAGUUUUCCUCUUAGGACUUGGCACUGUUGUAUUUAUGUUCAGAAGUGCGGAGUUCAGUAGCCCCAUGCCAGAGCGCCCUCAUUCUGCUCUGGCUGACCAGAUGCUGAAGCUCCUACCCGAGGAACGUCUCAAGAACCUGUUUACCUAUGAUGGAAUCCGACUGUUCCCGAAAAACCAGUGCAAAUGCGAAGCUACCACAUGGCAGGAAAGCUAUAACUUUCAGGAUGCCUAUGACCUGAGUGAGCUCCCUGCGGUGAAAGCGAGGAGACAGGCUGAAUUUGAACACUUUCAGAGGAGAGAAGGGUUGCCCCGUCCACCGCCGCUGCUGGCCCAGCCCAACCUCCCUUUUGGGUACCCCGUCCAUGGGGUAGAGGUGAUGCCCCUGCACACAGUUCCCAUCCCAGGUCUCCAGUUUGAAGGACCAGAGGCCCCCAUCUAUGAGGUCACCCUGACAGCUUCUCUGGGGACACUGAAUACCCUCGCUGACAUCCCAGACAGUGUGGUGCAGGGCAGAGGCCAGAAGCAGCUGACCAUUUCGACCAGUGACCGGAAGCUUUUGAAUUUCAUCCUCCAGCACCUGACAUACACCAGCACGGUGUACCUGCACCACAAGGUGGAUUUCGUGAGUCUGGAGUCCAAGUCCUCGGUGGUCAAGUUUCCAGUGACCAUCUGCUAUCCUGUCAUCCCUAAGUUAUAUGACCCUGGACCAGAGAGGAAGCUCAGAGACCUGGUGACCAUUGCCACCAAAACCUUCCUCCGUCCCCACAAGUUCAUGACCAUGCUACGGAGCAUUCGUGAGUACUACCCAGACUUGAUAGUGAUCGUGGCCGAUGACAGCAAGGAACCUCUGAAGAUUAAUGACAAGCAUGUGGAGUAUUACACCAUGCCCUUUGGGAAGGGUUGGUUUGCUGGUAGGAACCUGGCCAUCUCUCAGGUCACCACCAAAUACGUGCUCUGGGUGGACGAUGAUUUCCUUUUCAACAACAACACCAAGAUUGAGGUGCUGGUGGAUGUCCUCGAGAAAACAGAGCUGGACGUGGUAGGUGGCAGUGUACUUGGGAAUGUGUUCCAGUUUAAGCUGUUGCUGCAGAAGAGUCAGAAUGGGGACUGUCUUCACCGGAGACCAGGCUCUUUUAGACCCCUGGAUGGUUUUCCCCGCUGCGUGGUGACCAGUGGCGUUGUCAACUUCUUCCUGGCCCACACGGAGCGACUCCAGAGAGUUGGCUUCGACCCCCGCCUGCAGCGGGUGGCUCACUCAGAGUUCUUUAUCGAUGGGCUCGGGAGCUUGCUCGUGGGGUCAUGUCCAGAAGUGAUAAUAGGUCACCAGGCCCGUUCUCCAGCGGCCGACCCAGAGCUGGCGACCCUGGAGAAGACCUACAGCGCAUUCCGGACCAACACCAGGAACCAGGUCCGGUUCAAGCUGGCUCUCCACUACUUCAAGAACCAUCUCCAGUGCUCUACAUGAAGGCGCCUGGGCAUCAGAAAUGCUCUAGACUUACUGGGGGGUGGGUAUAUAAGACAGCGGAUACUGGUGGUGGGACUCCUGAUGAGACGAAUGCUGUAAAGGACAAGCCAGCGGGCGGGGCAGGUGCGUCGGGCUCAGUUACUAGAAAUACCCAUCAGAGGCUAAGGGUCAUUAGAAAUGGACCAUUCCCUGAGAAGGGCGACAGAGGCCCAUCAAUAACAAUCAUUAUUUGUAUGAUGCGGUACCAUUUCCGGAGCAUCCACACACACGGUAUCUCGAUUCCUCUCGUUGGAUCUCCUGCAGGAGAGUAUAGUGUGAGUUGGUAUCCUUGGUCAAAAGAAUGGCUGUGGGGGUUUUUGAGGAUUAUUUGGUAGAAAUUAUAUCAGAGUCAGAAGCAUCCUCUCCAGCCUCCACAAAUGAUUAUUUGUUGCUACCCUGGGGACUCAGAUGAUGUGAAUAAUACAGGGUCCUGGUCUUGAGGAUGUUGCAGCCUGGUCCAGUUCAGUCUGCUAGCAGACUUGCGCAGCCAGGAUCAGGGGAUCAGAGGAGGGAGGAGUGACCAAGGGCCAGGCAGCUGAAGGAGGCUCGGUGGAGAGAGCUUGGCUGCGGCCUGGAGGACAGAUGGGAUUCAGGCAGAGGGAGGGGAGCACUGUAGUCCCCUGUCUGCCCGAACAGAGGUUUCCCUGGCAUCAGAUGUGCUACUGCCAGGACACAUUGCAGAACGCCAGGGAUUGAACUCCGACCCCGUGCUAGGUGCCAUGGUAGGCAGUGUAAGUGCAAU